CGUGUCAUCAUGUUUCAACUCACAUCCUCUAAAACUCUUAAUCUCUCACAUCCUCUCGUCACCACCAAAAUGUCUUACGCGGCAGCAGCGGCUCUCUUCUUCCCGUCUACUGUGAGCGUCCGAUCUCCAGCUAAGUUCCUUCUCCGUCCCUCCAACCCUCUCCGGCUUCUCGUUCCUACGACAAAUGGCGCAGCGAGCACCAAGAACGCCGCGCGCAGGCAAAUGAAGAGGACAUUUGUAGUAGCGAAUGCUUUGCCUGUGGAGGACGAUGGGGUUUCACUGGGUACCAUGAAGCUUCCUAUGGAUACCGAUCUCCCAAGAUUCGAAACUCUCCUUUUUCAGUGGGCGAACAGUCUUUGCCAAGGAGCCAACAUACCUCUUCCUGUUCCUCUCAAGGUGGAUAGAAUAAGUGGAGGAGCGAGGUUAGGAUUCAUAGUGAUGGAAGAUGAAGGCAAAACCGAUGUUCCGGUUUACAUAGACUGUUUGGUGUACCAGAGCACAGAGAGUGGUUCAGGCUCAGGACCAGUGUUCCGAGCGACGCGUAAUGGGAGGAAGAAAGAUAAGGCACCUCCGGGAGAAGAAAGAAUCAUGAGAAGUCUCUUGGGAGCACUCAAAAGAGCUGUAGAACUUGCUCGAGUCUCAUAGAAACUAUACUCUUCAAUUCAAUAUUGUCGAGAUCAUGUCUUCUUCUGAUUCAAUGUGUGGUUGCAUCAUUAUCAUCUCUGUAAGAAUCAGUCUGUUUAUGCAACAUUGAUAUAGUCCAUGACCCAAAGUCAAACCAA